GCCUUCCCGCCGCGGGGCAGGGGGCAGGGCCGCAGACGCAGGCCGCGCAAAGGGCCGCGACCUGAACCUUGGCCUGUGAGCCUGCUGCCCCCUCCGCAGCCGCCCAAGCGGCCGGACCAGAUUAUUUUAGGAAGAAAACAACCUGGAAAAAAUGAAGGUUCUUCUCUUCACAUUUGUUGGUGUUCACCUUUUAUUUUUGAACUCUGGCAAAGCUAUAUACAGGAAUGACACCUCACAGAGGACUUUUGAAGAAAUAAAAGAAGAAAUAGCCCACUAUGGAGAUGUUGCUAAAGCAAUCAUAGACCUUGCUGUUUAUGGGAAAGCCCAGAACAGAUCUUAUGAGCGAUUGGCACUUCUGGUUGAUACUGUUGGACCCAGAUUAAGUGGCUCCAAGAGUCUAGAAAAAGCCAUUCAAAUCAUGUACCAAAACCUAAAGGAAGAUGGGCUAGAGAAUGUCCACCUGGAGCCAGUCAAAAUACCCCACUGGGAAAGGGGAGAAGAAUCUGCCGUGAUGCUGGAGCCGAGGGUGCACAGGAUGGCUCUGCUGGGCCUUGGAGGCAGCGUCGGGACUCCCCCGCAAGGCAUUACGGCAGAAGUGCUGGUGGUGACCUCUUUCGAUGAGCUGCAGAGAAGGGCCCCAGAAGCCAAAGGGAAGAUUGUUGUUUAUAAUCAGCCAUAUGCCAUCUAUUUCAAGACAGUGGAAUACCGAGUCCGGGGUGCAGUGGAAGCUGCCAAAGUGGGGGCUUUGGCAUCCCUCAUUCGAUCGGUGGCUUCCUUCUCCAUUUACAGUCCUCACACAGGUGUUCAGGAAUACCAGGAUGGUGUGCCAAAAAUCCCAACAGCCUGUAUUACAGUGGAAGAUGCAGAAAUGAUGUCACGAAUGGCUUCUCGUGGGAGCAGAAUUGUCAUCCAGCUGAAGAUGGGAGCAAAGAAUUAUGCAGAUGCUGAUUCCUUCAACACUGUAGCAGAGAUCAUUGGUAGCAAGUAUCCAGAGCAGGUUGUACUGGUCAGUGGACAUCUGGACAGCUGGGAUGUUGGGCAGGGUGCCAUGGAUGAUGGUGGCGGAGCCUUUAUAUCAUGGGAAGCACUUUCACUUAUUAAAGAUCUUGGGCUGCGUCCAAAGAGGACUCUGCGUUUGGUGCUCUGGACUGCAGAGGAGCAGGGUGGAAUCGGUGCUUUCCAGUACUAUCAGUCACACAAGGCAAAUAUUUCCAACUACAGCCUGGUGAUGGAGUCUGAUGGGGGAACCUUCUUACCCUAUGGGCUGCAGUUCACUGGCAGUGACAAGGCCAGAGCCAUCAUGAAGGAGGUCAUGGGCCUGCUGCAGCCCAUCAAUGUCACACGGGUCUUCAGUGAUGGAGGAGGGACAGACAUCAAGUUCUGGGUCCAAGCUGGAGUACCUGGAGCCAGUCUACUUGAUGACUUGUAUAAAUAUUUCUCCUUCCAUCACUCCCAAGGAGACACAAUGACGGUCAUGGAUCCGAAGGAGAUGAGUGUAGCUGCUGCUGUCUGGGCUGUUGUGUCUUAUGUCGUUGCAGACCUGGAAGAAAUGCUGCCCAGAUCCUAGCAAGAACGUAAAAGAAGGCGGUUUGCCCUUUCUAGCCAGGAAUCCUGGGCCUUCAGCUUCAGGAAGCCCCUAUUCACUGAACAAUUGUAUCUGAUUCAUUUUCAAAACACAUACUUUUUCACAGUAUUAUCCUCUUUUCUGAUACUUCCCACAUUCUCUGUUUCUAAAAUAAGGAAUGAUUUUCUUUCCACCCCCACAUAAAAUCAACAUAUGGUAGGGGACAGAGUGGGGGCCCUUUUUUUCACCGCCUAUAAAAAAUACUGUUUCUACUUGAAAGUGAGAUACUAGACAGAUCAUUUAUAUGUGUAGUUAUGAACAUUAAAGCAAAUGCAAUGAUACUAA